CAAUUCAUCUCGAUUUGUGAUGCAUGACCUAAUCAAUGAUCUAGUUAAAUAUAUAGCAGGCGAAACAUGCUUUAAUUUGGAGGGUAUAUUAGUGAAUAGCAAACAAUCCACCACUUUUAAAAAGGCUCGUCAUUCAUCUUUCAAUAGUCAAGAGUAUGAGAUGCCUGAAAGAUUCAAAGUCUUUCAUAAGAUGAAGUGUUUGCGAACACUGGUUGCAUUGCCACUGAAUGCCUUUUCUAGAUAUCACUUCAUAUCAAAUAAGGUAAUAAAUAACUUUAUACAGCAAUUUAAAUGUUUACGUGAAUUAUCUUUAAGUGGCUAUUACAUAAGUGGAGAGCUACCACAUUCAAUUGGUGAUUUGAGACAUCUACGUUAUCUCAAUUUGUCCAACUCUUCAAUAAAAAUGUUACCUGACUCCGUGGGUCAUCUUUACAAUCCACAGACAUUAAUAUUAUCUGAUUGUUGGAGACUCACUAAGUUGCCUCUUGUGAUUGGAGGCUUAAUCAACCUUCGACAUAUUGAUAUUUCUGGUACUAGUCAACUACAGGAGAUACCUUCCAUCAGCAAACUCACAAAUUUGCAAACAUUAUCUAAAUAUAUUGUGGGAGAAAGUGAUAGUUUGAGAAUAAGAGAAUUGAAGAACUUGCAGGACCUUCGAGGGAAGCUUUCCAUUUCUGGGUUGCAUAAUGUGGUGGAUACUGGAGAUGCAAUGCAUGCUAAUUUAGAAGAAAAGCACUACAUUGAAGAGUUGACAAUGGAAUGGGGCGGUGAUUUUGGUAAUUCACGAAAAAGAAUGAAUGAGAUGAUUGUUUUAGAGGGGCUACGACCACCUAGAAACUUGAAAAGGCUCACAGUGGCAUUUUAUGGUGGAUCAACAUUUUCAGGUUGGAUAAGGGACCCCUCAUUCCCAUCAAUGACACAAUUAAUUCUAAAGAAUUGCAGGAGAUGCACCUCGUUACCAUCUCUCGGCAAAUUAUCCUUACUCAAGACCUUGCAUAUUGAAGGGAUGAGUGAUAUUAGAACCAUAGAUGUGGAAUUCUAUGGAGGGGUUGCCCAGCCUUUUCCAUCCCUGGAGUUUCUAAAGUUUGAGAAUAUGCCGAAAUGGGAAGACUGGUUUUUUCCUAAUGCAGUUGAAGGAGUGGAAUUAUUUCCACGCCUAAGAGACCUUACCAUAAGGAAAUGCUCAAAGUUAGUUAGACAGUUGCCUGAUUGCCUGCCAUCCUUGGUGAAACUUGACAUCUCUAAAUGUCGAAAUCUGGCCUUGUCUUUCUCAAGAUUUGCUUCUCUGGGUGAACUAAAUAUAGAAGAAUGCAAGGAUAUGGUGUUGAGAAGUGGGGUGGUUGCAGAUAGUGGUGAUCAGCUGACAUCUAGGUGGGUUUGCAGUGGUCUUGAAAGCGCAGUGAUUGGCCGCUGUGACUGGCUUGUAUCAUUGGAUGACCAAAGACUGCCUUGCAAUCUGAAAAUGUUGAAGAUAGCCGACUGCGUCAACCUGAAGAGCCUGCAAAAUGGAUUGCAGAAUCUCACUUGUCUUGAAGAGCUGGAAAUGAUGGGAUGCCUAGCAGUGGAGUCAUUCCCGGAGACAGGUUUGCCGCCCAUGCUGAGACGUCUUGUGCUGCAGAAAUGCAGGAGCCUGAGGUCGCUGCCCUAUAACUACAGCUCAUGUCCCCUUGAAUCCUUGGAGAUUAGGUGUUGUCCAUCUCUCAUCUGCUUUCCACAUGGUGGGUUACCCUCCACCCUCAAGCAACUGAUGGUUGCAGAUUGUAUACGGCUAAAGUAUCUACCAGAUGGAAUGAUGCACCGCAAUUCCAUACACAGCAACAACGAUUGUUGUCUUCAAAUACUGAGGAUACAUGAUUGCAAGUCUCUCAAGUUCUUCCCAAGAGGGGAGUUACCCCCCACCCUUGAGAGGCUUGAGAUUCGGCAUUGCUCCAACUUGGAGCCAGUAUCAGAGAAAAUGUGGCCCAAUAAUACAGCUCUUGAGUAUUUAGAGUUGAGGGGUUAUCCCAAUCUGAAAAUCCUACCAGAAUGCCUUCACAGCGUCAAGCAGCUCAAAAUAGAAGACUCUGGAGGUCUGGAGGGAUUUCCAGAAAGAGGGUUUUCCGCCCCCAACCUCAGAGAGCUCCGUAUUUGGAGAUGCGAGAAUCUCGAGUGCUUGCCGCAUCAAAUGAAGAGCCUCACAUCUCUUCAGGUUUUCAACAUGGAGAAUUCUCCGGGAGUGAAGUCCUUCCCAGAAGGGGGUUUGGCCCCCAACCUAAAAUUUCUUUCAAUUAUAAAUUGCAAGAAUCUGAAGACGCCCAUAUCUGAGUGGGGCCUCCACACCCUCACCUCUCUUUCAACAUUGAAGAUUUGGGAAAUGUUUCCAGGCAAGGCUUCCCUUUGGGACAAUAAGUGCCUUUUUCCUACAUCUCUCACAAACCUCCAUAUCAACCAUAUGGAAUCCCUGACCUCCCUGGAACUCAAAAACAUCAUCUCCCUUCAACAUCUAUAUAUUGGGUGCUGCCCUAAGCUCCACUCCUUAAGACUCUGGACAACAACACUUGCAAGUCUUGAAAUCAUCGGCUGUCCUCUUCUUCAAGAAACGAAAUUUCCCUCCUUUGCCCACAUCCCCAAAUUCAAAAUUGAUGGCAGAGUAAAGUAUUCUACGGGUGGUGGAAAAAGAAUGGAAACAGAAAGCCAUUCAACCCUAUCCUUGCAUUGUUCAUUCAGGGAUCCAGCUUAAUAAGGAUAUGGCAAGUAUUGACAGGGUUAACAAAGAAAAAAGAAGAGAGAGAGAUGAGACAUGAUCCAUUCUCUUGAUGUAUAGGUGACUUUCGCUUGGCUGCAGGUAUUAAUUGGGGGCUUUCUAUUAAAUUUCUGAUUCCCCUUUUUGUUCUCGGCCUCAGUUCUGGAUGAAGGAAACCUCGAUGACAUUCUAUUCCACCUUUAUCAGCAUCGUGGCCUCCAAAUUGGUCUAUUCUUAUGUGUUUCCAAUUCUUCUUAUAUGCAAUAUGAUGGAUUGUUCUUCCUAAGGAUUCUUCUUUCCCUAGUCAAGAAAUGAAUGCAAACAAAUGGGAAGGAAAAAAAAGAAAUGGUGAAUAUUAUUAGAUGCAAAACUUCCUAAUCAUUAACUGCUGCCUAUUCACUUGCUGUAUUGUGGACUGUGGUCACUUCAGCCCAGAAAUGCUAUUUCAUGGCUGACUCUGAUCAAGACAUCCCACAUCCAUUGCCUGCCAUUAGAUAUUCAUCAUAUGGGCUGCUUGAAAUGAAGGCAAUGAUAUCUCUUCCCCUUUUUUCAGUAAGCUGGAAAAUAAAAAUGUCAGAAAGUAUAGAGGUGGCCAAGGCAUUGCUGCAUACACUUGAAAGAGACCUGUUCCUCAAGGUCCAUGAUGCUGGUCAGCCCUGAGCUGCGCUAGAGCUGUUGAAGAAGUGGACUGAAGACAAACUUCCUCAAAAACCCAUGCACUGCUGAAUCAAAAAAGGCAGACAAAUGGGCUGCUCAACUGUUAUUGCCUCUGUUGUGUUGAAGCCUAUAUCUUGUUUUAUAUUACACACAGUUGAAUAAUUUGUCCAUGCUGAACAUUGCAUGCAGCCCUUGAAUUCUCAGUAUGCUUGUAAAUAUUUGCCCACAGCCCACAACUACAAACUCUGGACUCAACAGCUGAUGAGGUAACCAAAAUUUCUUUUGGGAAUAAGAAUGUAUGCAGCUUGUGUAUAUCAUUCCUCUUUCUUGUUAUCUUAUUGUUUGCUGUUCUUGUGGGCUUAUUCCUUUGACUUGGAUUUGAAGUUUAAUAAAAGUGUACCACUCUUUCACUG